AUGAAACUACCAUUUAAGUAUACGAGGUCGCAACUAGAGGUAUUCCGAUUCUCGUUCUGUUUACUGACUCCUAUAGCAGUCAUGUACUAUGUUGGUACAGACACAGACAGAAAGUUAAAUGUUCCAGGGUUUUGGCCAGAUCCAGAGACAACCAACAAGAUUCCAAAAGAACCAUAUGAAAUUAAGGCUGAAUUGGCUAGGAUGAAGAAAGAAAAGUUAGAAAAAAGAUUGCAAAUAGAAACUAAGUUACGUGAUGAAUACGGAAUUGAUAUUCAAGCAGAGAAACUACAGAUAAGAAAGGAAUUGGGUCUAGAUAAAUAA